AUGGCCAGCUCACUGGAGAAUGUUGAUGCCACAGUGCAGCGUAUGACGCUGGAUACAAGUCUAACAUGCUCACACAACCCCAAUGCUCCCACACCAUGCAAGAAUGUUGGCUCACUAGCAUGCAAAGAUUGUCUCUUGGUUUCCUAUUGCAGCAAGAGUUGCCAGAAGGCCCACUGGCCUAUUCACCGUAAGGAUUGCAAAUCUAUGAAUAACUGGGAACCCUCAUGGAUCAAAGAACACCGAAUGCCAUCCUUCCUCAGUUAUAACUUCGCCAAUCAGUUCCAUAAAGUGCAAGAAGUUCUAUGGGGGAGAGUUCCAGCGAUUGACGUGGUUCAGCUGGAACAAAACGAAGGUAGAGAUUAUCAGAAGCCAUUGGAUCUACUUUUUGCGGCCUCUGGAGAUAUGCGAAAUGCGAUACUGUCAGUUGCCAAUCUUCCAGAACACUACAAAGGGCCACUCCGUAUAGUGUUGGAAGACAAACAAAUGCCCAUAGUAGCGCGGAAUCUCAUAUUUCUUAUGACCUUUCUGGUGGAAGAUAACCCAAGCCUUGCUGCUGAACAUGUCCUUCACAUUUGGUAUUCAGCUUUGAUCACGGAAUCCUGUCGAAGCCUCCUGCAAGAUAAACUCCGACCAAUGAUUCAAGAUGUGUGCAACCAGAUCAUGCAUAAGUCUAGCUCGUCUCUUCUAUCGAAGACAUGGUUAUUCGGGAAUGUUUCGGUACGAUUGAUACUAUGUCGGGACAAUUGGUUUUCUUUGCUAUCAUACUUGGAUGUUCCAAAAGGACUCACGAUAGAAGCCGCUCAAUGUAUCCGACGGGGAACCAUGCUAGCCCCUCAGAGUGUCGAUGAUCGCGACAGAGCCCUAAGUCUCAAGGUCCCAUGCGUAAGAAUUGGCACGUUGAGAUUUCGCGCCGACGGAAUUCUGCUACCAUUCAGCAGUAGCCGCGAAGAAUUUACGAUCCCAAACCCAACUUUAUUCGCUUCGACGGGCCAAUGGCCAAUUAUGGAUACCUGCGAUCCUACAUUAGGCUGGUUGCCAAACUCAUUCCUUGAACUCGACAUUGGACCGACUACAAACGACAUAUAUGGUAAACUCCACUAUUACCUGAGACAGCUGUUCAUGGAUUUUCAUCGCCGGCUGCGAGUUUUGCCGGUAAAGUUUGAUCUUCUGCAAGUUGAUGUCGAGUCACUACGCUUCCGUUUAGAUGAGGAAAGAUUCGAUCGCAUAGAUGCGAGCAAUCUCGCGGACGUAUGCUAUCUCGGAAUUGAUGAAACCCUAAAAGCAUUCAGUCCAUUGAUUGAGCGGAAGACUGUCAAUCCGCAUGCAACUCUUAUUACACUGUUCUCCGAGGCCAUUUUCGAUAUACAGGUCUUGAAACAAGUAGGCAUUCUACCACUAGACAACCCUGAAGAGCAACUGGUAAAAGUCCUACGAUUCAAAUCCGAAUUUAGACCGCCUAAUGCCCUCAACGUGAUCAAUGUUGUUAUGGCGGCGCCCCUAGUUCAGGACAUGAACAAAGAUUUCCAGACAUAUAUGGCGAUAAACAAGUUUGAGCUUGUCGCUCUUCAGUAUGGACUGCAGAUGAAGGAUACGCACACUAUCAUAAAUCCAUGGCCGAUGAAGAUCGAUGAUGAGGAUGAGCCUACCGAGAAAGCUAAAGAAUACUUUUCCCAGUUGCUCUCUUCAGGUCAUACGGGACAGGAACGUUACGUGGAGUGGAAACGAGAUUAA